CGUUUUCCAAUUGUACGGUAGCCGCGAGGGACAAACGUCAGACGCGACCAGACGCAGAACAGCUGAGAACCUCAGGGCUAAUUUAACUGCCUCACCAAACUGUCAGAACCAUGAUGGAACUUUCAUUUCAAUCCAUGAAGGUCGCUCAUCAAGCCCGAGAGGCGGAUGAGCUGAGAACUGAGAUGAGGAAGAAGAGCCUCCUCAUCCUCAUCUACCAACAUCUGCUGGGGCAAGGCUACGUGGCAGCAGCUGUGGCUCUGGAUCAGGAGACGAAUGGAGGCGUGAAGAAGUUCGAGGUUUGUGACAACAUCGACCUGGAGAUGAUGUUGAUGGAAUAUGAAAGUUAUCACUAUGUCAAGUUCCAGAAAUACCCCAAACUCAUCAGAAGAACAACAGAGCCAGGGGAGAACAGAUAUGCUAAAAGUGGUGGAGUAAAAAGGAGUCCUUGCUCAGCUGUUAAACCUCUUCCCAAAAUCAACCCAUCUCAAAGCCCACAGUCUGCUGCAGUCGGAGCAAAGAAGCCAGCCACUGCUGCACAUACAAAUGAGAAUGGCUCCUCUGUUCCUCCAGAGUCAUCAGAGUUUGGUCUCAACGUUUCCUCGAUCAGAAAUGGUCCUGCUGGAGACACAUCUGUGAGCAGGAAGGGUCAUGUGAUCGAUGGUAAAGUCUCAAUCCAUGAUACUAGAGGAGCUGGCACUGACUCAGACCACAUGGAACGACUGCUGAAGCCCCUCAGUGGCUUUUCUGGAAUGAGUGGAGAGAUGAGAGAACUGGCUUCAAUCAUCAGCAGGGACAUCUAUUUACACAGCCCCAAUGUGCGGUGGGAGGACAUCAUCGGCCUGAAUGACGCUAAGCGAUUAGUCAAAGAGGCCGUCGUCUAUCCCAUUAAGUACCCCCAGCUAUUUACAGGCAUCCUGUCUCCAUGGAAGGGGCUGCUGCUCUACGGCCCUCCGGGUACAGGUAAGACCCUGCUGGCCAAGGCUGUGGCUACAGAGUGCAAAACAACCUUCUUCAACAUCUCAGCCUCCAGCAUUGUUAGCAAGUGGAGGGGAGACUCUGAGAAACUGGUCAGGGUUCUCUUUGAGCUGGCCAGGUAUCACGCUCCUUCCACCAUCUUCCUAGAUGAGCUAGAGUCAGUGAUGGGUCAAAGAGGAACCAGCUUAGGAGGAGAGCAUGAGGGGAGUCGAAGGAUGAAGACCGAGCUGCUGGUUCAGAUGGACGGCUUGGCAAAAUCAGAGGACCUGGUCUUUGUACUAGCAGCCUCCAACCUGCCCUGGGAACUGGAUCACGCCAUGCUGAGGAGGCUCGAGAAGAGGAUUCUAGUGAGUCUUCCAUCCUUGCAAGCUCGCAAAGCCAUGAUCUCACAUUGGCUGCCUCCUCUUAACUCUACAGGAGGAGUGGAUCUACGCACAGAGCUGGACUACGAAACACUAGCAGAGGACAUAGAAGGUUACUCUGGCUCUGAUAUCAGGUUGGUUUGUAAGGAAGCCGCCAUGAGACCAGUGCGGAAGAUCUUUGAUGCACUCGAGUCACAUAAAGAGGCAGGAGACACCAACAUGCCUGCAAUCCAGCUAGACACGGUGACCACAGCUGACUGCCUGGAAGUCAUCGCACACACCAAACCCUCUGCCCGAAACCUGAUGGACAGAUAUGCAGCGUGGGAGAAGGAGUAUGAAUCUGUCUGACUGACCUUUUAGCAUGAGGACACAUGCUCUUACACAAACUCCACAACCUGACAGAGAAGCUACUUUACACUUAGUUGGAGCCAUAUUUAUUCAUUACAUGUUACAUAUAUAUCUGUAACAGGUUUUAAAUCACUUACUUCUUAGAGACCUCUAAAACCAUCCUUAGAUUA